ACAAAACCAAAACACUGAAACAAAAAAAAUUUUACAAACCUUUCAGGUUUCCUGAUUCUGGCAGCAUAAAAAUUUAAGGGCAACUGUUCAGGCAGCCAAUUCAUGUGCUAAUCAUGCAAAAAUUUGACGUGGAAUUAUUUCUAUUGUGAUGGCAUAAUAUUUCUCCGAGAUGUGGGCUACACCAGAGUAGCAAAUUUGUACCUUCACCACCAAGUAUCAAGUAAAAUAACUGUUUAAUUGCUGGUCUAAUGCUGGAUCUGCCUUACUUGGCCUUACUGUCCGGAAGAUCGACUUUAGUAGGAGCAACUGAAUUUUCUAUUUCUUCCUUCUGCACAUCGAUCAUCCGGUAAACGGUUAUGACAAUGGAAUCGGACAUUUGGGAUAACGUUCACAAUGCCCGCGAAGCUGCAAUGCAAAAUAAUUACGACGCUUCCCUUGUAUUCUACAAUGGCGCGAUUGAGCAAGUAAAGCGAUACAUCGUCAGCCUGGACGACCUGGUGCAACGAGGGAAGUGGCAGGAAGCUCGUGACGACUUGGAGAAAGAACUUGCCAUGGUUCGCGAUAUACAGCAAACACUGGAAUCUUUGUCUCCAGAUUUUCCUCCUGGCGGUGGGAAUCGUUCAUUCUUGGAAAAAUCACUUAACUCUCCCGCUGUCGCAGGAAAUAUUGAUCGAGAUGUUUGGCUACCUCCAACGGAUAAAGUUUCACCUAGUUCUUCUAAGCACAGCCGUGGCUCUGCAUCUCCAAGUUCCUCAAAAGCAAGCGCGAAAGUAAAGCUGCCAACUUCACGAUCUGUACAGAAUCUCAAAGGUCGACAGGGCAGCUCCAGUGGGGCAGAAACACCCAGCACUGCCAACAAGAAAACUACCAAGCCGACCGUCGAGGUGAAAGUUGCUCGAGCAUCAGGACGGGAUAGUCCGGAUGGAGAUAAACGAUCUUCCAAAGCCGUUGGAAAAGAAGAUGAGGAUGCCAAGAGUGACGACGAUAAGCGCUUCGAUCCCUCUGGAUACGAUAAAGAUCUGGUUGAGAACAUCGAGCGGGAUAUUCUCCAAAAGCAUCCUAGUGUGAAAUGGGAUGAUAUUGCCGGUCUCACCGAGGCCAAGCGACUACUUCGCGAAGCUGUGGUGUUGCCCCUCCUCAUUCCUAAUUUUUUCAAAGGAAUUCGAAGACCAUGGAAAGGAGUGUUGAUGGUUGGCCCUCCUGGAACUGGAAAGACUAUGCUGGCCAAAGCGGUUGCGACGGAAUGCGGUACUACAUUUUUUAAUGUCUCAUCCUCCACACUUACCUCGAAAUACCGCGGUGAAUCGGAGAAACUGGUUCGGUUGCUUUUUGAAAUGGCGCGAUUCUACGCACCUAGCACCAUUUUUAUUGAUGAAAUUGACUCAAUUUGUUCUAAACGCGGAUCUGAGUCCGAGCACGAAGCCAGCCGGCGAGUGAAAUCAGAGCUGCUGAUACAGAUGGAUGGCAUCACGGAAGAUGCUGUAACAGCUGACGGAAAGAGUACGAUGGUUAUGGUACUGGCUGCGACUAACUUUCCGUGGGAUCUCGAUGAAGCGUUGCGGAGACGACUAGAGAAAAGAGUGCACAUUCCGCUGCCCGAUGCACUCGGGCGAACCGAGCUUUUGAGAAUUGCCUUACGAGAUGUGACAGUUUCGGAAGACGUGGAUUUGCCCGAAAUUGCUGGAAGGUUGGAUGGUUAUUCGUGCGCCGACAUAACCAGUGUCUGUCGCGACGCAGCAAUGAUGUCCAUGCGACGAAGAAUCGAGGGGCUUUCGCACGAAGAAAUCAAGCAACUGUCUGAUGCCGAAAUUGAUCUACCUAUUUGUAUGGAAGAUUUUGAAGAGGCUAUUAAACGGUGCAAUAAGUCUGUUUCCGGUUCCGAAUUAUUGAAAUAUGAGAAAUGGAUGACCGAAUUCGGAUCGUUGUAGUUAUUUAACAAUUUUGCGGUAUCUGUAUAAUGCUUCCCGCUGUAAUGUUUUUUUAAUGCUGUGAAUUGUUUUCCAGUUCGAUGUCCUGCUAUGUAAGAGUAGGAGUGUGACAUUUCCGUCCUCUGAUUGCAUAAUCUGACAUUCGGGUGUCUAGAUCGUAUGAAAAAGAGAUGAUAUUUAUAGCCGUUUGCAUUCAUAGAUCAAAUUUUCUUUCUCUCUCCAUUUACUGCAGCCACAUUUCGACCCGUAUAAAACUGAAUUUAU